CGUUUUUCUUUUCUCAUUGUACAAACUGUACAAACACGACCGAUUGUUAAAUUUAGAAUUAAAUCCAACAAAAGAAACAAUAAAAAAAAGGCUUAAGCAGUCUAUUUAAACAGCCAUAUUCAAGUAUAUUGCGAAGAUAACCGGGCUAAAGCGAAUGCAAAUAGAGAUAAUAGAGAGCCCCGAGGUGUUGAAAUUAUUUUCUUGCCAGAAAUAAGGUAACCAUGGUACAUUUCUGGCCUGCGUUUACCAACGACGAGCCCUCGGGCGGGCCCCAUUUGGUCUUCAUCCUGCUCUACGUCCUAAUAGGAGUAAUGGUGGUCCUGCAAGUUUUCUACAUGUUCUAUUUGAAUACAACGCACAAGAAUCUACGAAGACUUUUAGUCAAAAAAGGUCGUUUACUUAAAAUAGUACCGCUCGUAACAGUGUCGACUGUUACCGAACAAGGUACCAGCCAGCCUUCGGCUCCGGCGCACGUUCGUACAGAUUCAGAAGGAUCGGCUGUAAGCUAUAGCAAAAAGGCAUCACCACCAUCCUAUGCACCGUAAACAUCUACUUAAAACGAGCCGAUUAAAAAAUGUUAAUAAAACACAUACUUGUAUAAAAU